AGAGAGACAGAGAGAGAUAAGGGAGAGAGAGAAAGAGAAAGAGAUAGUGAGAGCAAACAGGGAAGGAAGAGCCGUUAAUUUCCGUUAAAAGUAUAUGAAGCUGAGCCAUGGCGUCGGACCAAGAGAUAGCGGAUGGGGUGGAGGCUUUGCUCCGUCAGUCGGACCCUAACGCCGUCAUUUCGCUAAACGGCGUCGUACAGCAGCUCGAAGCUAAGCUCGGCUUGGACCUCUCCCACAAAGCCGGCUUCAUCAACGACCAGAUCAACCUCAUCCGAUCGAAGCCGCAACCGCCGCCGCCGCCGCCGCAGCAGUCAAGGGACCAUUUUGCCCUCCUGCACCACCAACAGUUCCCAACCUCCCAACCAGAACAUUUCUAUCCCCAUUUUGCCCUGCACCAGCAACACUACCAGCACGGCGCCGUCCCGCCGCCGCCGCAGCAGCUCCGGCCGGCGGUUCUGCAGCAGCAAGCUCCGCCGCCGACGGUAGUUAGGUUCACAGCUGCUCAGAAUGUAGUUCAAAAUGCCGCUCAAGCUCCUAAAGAAAGUACUACUGCUGGGACCAAAAGGAGAGGAGGAGCGGGUGGACUGAACAAAGUCUGUGGUGUAUCGCCUGAACUUCAGGCUAUUGUUGGUCAGCCAGCACUGCCUAGAACUGAGAUUGUGAAGCAGCUGUGGGCAUACAUCAGGAAACACAACCUUCAGGAUCCCGGAAACAAAAGAAAGAUCAUCUGUGAUGAUGCCUUGCGCAUAGUCUUUGAAACGGACUGCACUGACAUGUUCAAGAUGAAUAAGCUGCUUGCCAAGCAUAUUCUCCCACAUGAUCCAACAAAACAACCCGAGCAAGCUAAGAAAUUGAAGGUUGAAACUAAUUUGGAACCAGAUAACACAGAAUCUGCUUCACCUUCAGUGAUGAUAUCAGAUGCUCUUGCCAACUUUUUUGGAUCUGAAGAAAGAGAGAUGCUCCAAUCGGAGGCACUCAGGCGUGUUUUGGAGUAUAUAAAGGUUAACCAUCAGGAGGACUCUCCAAAUUCUACUGUAAUUCAAUGUGAUGCUAAGCUUCAGGAGCUUUUUGGAUGCAAAAGCAUUUCCACUAUGGAAAUACCCGAGAAGUUGGUACGCAAUCAUUUGUUCCAGCGACAAUGACUUCUGUAGCAGAAAACGAUCUAUUCGGGGCUGUAGCCUGUAUCCGUCUAGUUGAUAAGAUAUAACUGAUGAUCUGAAGCUGUACUGUAUUUGCUUUUAGUUUCCCUAGCUCGUUAACACUGUUAGAAUCAACCAUCCAACUAUGUAUCCUGGUCAUAUGGCUAUAAUCGUUUUAGAAUUAUGCCAAAGGCCUCGGUUUAGGUUUAAGUUGCCGGUCUUUAGACGCUUCUUGUAAAAUGUGUAUCAUCAUCGUCCUCCAUUAACAGAAUUGGUAGUUUCUCUGAAAACCUUGGGAUUUAGUUGUAAUGUCUUGUUGCAAAGUAGGGGCCGUUUCGUUUCUUGAUUC